UCAAGUUCAUUUCCGAUGCCAAUUUUUUACUACCCAAUAUUUUCUACUAUAUCUGGCGUUGGCCGUUAUCCCGCUCGAUCUCAAUUCAAAAAUUUGAAAACCUGUCCAACAAAUAAAAGGAUUGCUAGAUUUUUCAAACCCAAGAUUUGCAGAAGCAGGAUUGGGGUUCAGGAAGGAUGUAUGGAGACGCGAGUGUCUGAUUUUUAUAAAAGUGUAGCGUGGGCAUACGAAGAUUUGCAGCAGUCGAUCAAGAUUGGGAAGCAGAGCGAGUCGACUAGUUUGAGUAAAGGCGUGGGAGUCGAAGUCUGAGGUGCCAAGUGAGUGGGCUAACUGAACAGAAUCCUUCCAUACUGUAAUCUAUAUUAGCGUUUUGAGGAGGGGAUUUGUAAGUCAUGCCAGAAGAGCGUCAGAUUUUGGAUGCUAGGCAGGGUUCACAAAUGGACUCAAGCCAUGGGUCAAAUAUUGGUUCAGGUCGUUCUGAACAACAGAGUUCAACUGAAACUCUACGCCGCCCUAGACAUUCAGAAAGGAGGAACCCUGAGAUGUUGGCAAGGGCUCUAUUGAGGGCAAGGGAGGGCAUUCAGGACAAAGAAAAUAGGGUUCCUGAGAAGUCAGGGAGCCGAAGGCGAAGACGAAGGAGGGUAUCUACAUCAAGGAGUCCUUUACCUGCAGAUUAUCCUCGUGCUCCUCUCCAGGAUAUAACACUAUAUAUGCAUAUUCUUCAGAGGUCUAGAACUAGGGCUAGGGCUAGAAGGCAGAUUCAUGGGAGAAGUCCUCCUAGACAGCCCAUAAUUCAUGUCAGCCCAUCCCAGGAAACAGAUCCAACAUUGGCCCUCGAUGACCCCUUGCAAGAAGCAGAGACCACCACGGUAAAUCCAAUACUGGUUCUGGAAAGUCCUUUGCAACAAUCAGAGCCCACCAUAACAAGUCCCAGACAGCUGCCAGAAGAUAGCACACCACCAAAUUUUGUACAACUUCCUGACCAAGAAUCCCAUGGGCUAACAACCGACACCCAAACCGAAGAGCAAAACUAUGCUCUAGACAGGACUUUGAGUUAUCAUGGAAAUGUAAAUACAGAUGGUUCUUUAACAGCAGAGGUGGGAAUGGGAUUUCAUCACGACUACAUUACAGAAGAAGCUAGAGCAAGAGAUGUUUCCAUGUUAGCAAAUCAAGAGCAUGGCGCAUUUGGAUCUGUUCUGCAGUCUAAAACUUGGAAUGAGCAAAGUGGAAGGGGCAGAGGAGGUAGUAAUCCUCAACCAAAGAAGAAAUCAUCGUUGAAGCCAUUGAUGAAAAUGCGUUGAAACAGUUCGUUUCGCAAUGGUUAUGUGUUAUAUCUUUCUGGGCCAAAAAUUAUGUUGGCAGUUUUAAUUCUCAAAAGCUGCAUCUCUGAUCAAGAAUAACCUUCUAGCCCAUUUAAAUAUUUCACUUGAUUGUUCACAUGGUCAGACUUCUAAUUAGUUUCACAUAUUUUGUGAAACUCCCAAUGGCCCUGGCUUCUAAGUCAGGGCCAUUUUCAAAACUACUUAUUUGAUGAUUAAUCCUCUUUUUCUACUGUGCCAAAUUUAUCUCAUAAUUUUACAAAAUUGAAAGAGUUGUUUCGAAUAACAAUGUAAAGUUUUAGUUACUAUUUGAGUGGCAACAAAAACCACGGGAGACAGAUUGGAGGAAUUUGUUCACCGCAAGAGGUGUUCGCUUGUAGUUCAUUUAAUCGGACUUGGAUGUAUGUCCUUCUGAAAACAAGUCCCACUGUUACGUAAUAUAAUACCCAUACUUCCAAGGAUGAAUGCGUUGGAAUUUAUUGUAA